AUGGACGAGCAUGUACAGACAAUGAGCAUAGAGCAGAGAAGGGUUGUUGCAGAGCCCACUGAAGUACUAGAAGAUAUCCCUCUGGAAGAGGAUAAUCCUGAAAAGUUUACUAGAAUUGCAACAAGUAUGGAGGAGAAGAUGAAGCAAGACCUCAUCCAGUUCUUGAGAAAAAGCAUUGACGUCUUCACGUGGAGUCAUGAAGACAUGUCAGGAAUUGACCCAAGUGUUAUUACUCAUCGAUUGAAUGUGUAUCCAUCUUCCAAGCCUAUUCGUCAAAAGAAGAGGGUCUUUGCUCCUGAGCAAGAUAAUGCCAUUAAGGAAGAAGUCCAGAAGUUAACCACAGCAGAAUUCAUUCGAGAAGUUUAUUACCCAGAUUGGUUAGCUAAUGUGGUGAUGGUUAAGAAAGCUAAAGACAAGUGGAGGGUGUGUGUAGACUUCAUUGAUUUGAACAAGGCUUUCCCCAAGAAUAGUUAUCCUUUGCCACGCAUUAAUCAAUUGGUAGACUCAACAGCAGGUCAUCAGUUACUAUGCUUCAUAGACGCCUUCUCAUGGUAUAACCAAAUAAAGAUGGGUGAAGCAGACCAAGAGAAGACAUCCUUCAUUACCAGUCAAGGACAGAAUGUAGAAGUUUAUGUGGACUAUAUGUUGGUGAAGAGCUUGGACGAGAAGAAACAUCUGAAUGACUUACAAGAGACCUUUGACACACUUAGACGAUACAAUAUGAAUCUGAAUCCAAGUAAGUGUGCCUUCAGGGUUUCGUCAGGGAAGUUUCUAGUAUUCAUGGUUUCACAGAAAGGAAUUGAAGAGAAUCUAGAAAAGAUCCAAGUCAUACUGAACAUAGAACCACCAAAGAAUGUCAAGGAAGUCCAAUCCUUCACUGGACGAGUUGCAACUCUAAACAAGCUUGAAGAAUGGAAGGUGCAAAAACCUGUGUAUUAUACAAGUCGAGCACUAAAGGGAGUAGAAGGACGAUAUCUGAUCAUUGAAAAGUUGGCUUUUGCAUUAAUAACGGCUUCCAGGAAGUUAAAGCAUUACUUCCAAGCUUAUGUCAUCAAUGUCAUGACAGAUCAUCAGCUCAAGAAGGUGAUGAACAAGUUGGAAGCCACAGGACAACUAAUCCAAUGGGCCAUUAAGCUUAGUGAGUUUAACAUCAGAUACCAACCAAGGAAUGCAAUAAAGGCUCAAACUCUAGCAGAUUUUAUUGCAGAAUUCACUCUAAGUCAUGAUGAUUUAGACGGGGUGGAAAAGGUUAAAUCCCCAGAAGGAGAUAAGUUAAAGUAUAAGGUUCAUCUACAAUAUCAAACAACCAACAAUGAAGUUGAGUACGAAGCCUUCCUCAAAGGGCUAGAAUUGGCUAAGUCCGUAGAGGCAGAGUCAAUAGUCGUCAAGGAAGACUCUCAAUUGGUCAUAGGUCAAGUAAAUGGAACAUGUGAAUCUAAAGACGAAUGGAUGAAGAAAUAUCUUAAUAGGGUGAGAUGCCUUAUUAAGAAAUUUAAAGAAGCUAGUUUUAUUCAAGUCCCAAGGGAAGAAAACAUGGAAGCAGAUGUCUUGGCAAAAGCAGCAUCAAUAGAAGGAUCGAUGGACGAGUUUGAUGAAGUCCAAUGCAUGCCUAGCAUAGAUCUUCCAGAGGUACAACAAAUAGAAGGUGAAGAAAACUGGAUGACCCCAAUAGUCGCUUACCUAAAGGAUGAAAGACUUCUAGAAGAAAGAGACGAGGCCAGAAACCUAAGGAUCAGAUUAGCUAAGUACGUCCUUAUAGAUGAGAUGCUAUACAAAAGAGGCUUCUCUAAACCUUACCUAAAGUGUUUAGCUCUAGACGAAUCAAAUUAUGUAUUGAAAGAAGUUCAUGAAGGAGCAUGUGGCAACCAUUCAAGAGCUAGAGCACUUGUCCACAAGGUUGUCUGUGUAGGUUAUUACUGGCCAACCUUUCAAGCAGAUGCUAAGGCUUAUGUGAAAGUGUGUGAUCAAUGUCAACGAUUCAGUAAUGUCCAUAGACAACCAUCGGAGUACCUUACCCCGAUGAUGGCCUCAUCUCCCUUUGUGCAAUAG